GAAGAGCAGCCAGCUGAGACAUCCAGGUUGUGUGGCGACAGAAUUUGCUGUGUCCGACGAUGUUGUCGCGGUUGGAGCACAUGCUAUAAAACUGUGCCGGUGCCGCGUGUGUCGCAUGGGAAACCAGCAGUCCGGAACUCGGUCAGCGAAGACGCACAUUGCGUUGCUGGGAGAUUCCACCAUUGACAACGGGCGCUGGGUUCCCCGCGGUGAGCCUUCGGUCUUUGAUCAGGUGCAGCAGUUGGAGCCGAACGUCACACUGUGUGCUCGAGACGGAGCUCUGAUUGGCGCCAUCAGAGAGCAGUUGAAACAAAUUCCGCACGAUGCAAGUCAUGUGGUCGUCUCCGUGGGGGGCAACAAUGCUACCGGUGCCAGCACUACCGUCCUGGGUGGACCGGUGACCGACUGCGAAGAGGCCUUGGAUCGACUGCACAACUUUGCUGCGGAAUUUGAAGCGGAAUUUACGGCAGAAAUGACUCAUUUGAAGAAUUGCAUUGGAGAUAAGCAGUUGGUGGUUUGUUCUUGUUACAACCCUGCCUUUGCUGCCUGGAACGUAGUCACUGUGAAGCAGAGCGUAGCGAACAUGGCUUUGAGUGUUUUGGCCGACGCUGUCCUACGCGUGGCCACACGCCUCAAAGCACCUGUCAUCGACCUGCGCAGGGUCAUGAACAAGGUGGAGGACUUUGCAAAUCCUAUUGAACCCAGCAGCUUGGGUGGCGCCAAGAUUGCUGCAGAGAUUGUCAAAGUGGUGCGAACGCAUCCGUUUGAGAAGGGAACUGUGGUCUAUCCGAAGGAAUACCCAGAGUCGGAGCUAGUUGAGCUGGCUUUGCCACAAAACAACGUGGUAUCGGAUAGUGUCGCCACAACUGCCGUCAGAGGUUGUACAGCGAAUUUGUACAGGGACAAACUGUAUAGUUGGCUGCUGACCUCCAACUCGUGCGGAGAACAGGGAUUCAUUUGGCCCCAGAAAGCCUGCAGGCUGCGGCAUGUGCCGGUUGACUACUUGGAUUUGCUGUGCUUUGGGACGUCUUUCAACUGUCAGUCCAAAGCAGGUUUGGAUGGAGACAGCUGCACACAAGAUACUGGCGGCUCCUGUUACUUCUUUGGCUGCGCAGAUUGGCGCAACGCCGAAUGCGUCGAGGGCUCGUGCGUGUGCCGCGCGGAUCAGUGUUCGGUCAAUGGGCAAUGUCUUCCACAUGAAUGGGCCCAAAAGCCCGAAAAGCCCACAGCACAAGGUUUUGGCAGAGAUCAUCCUGUGAAAGGCAAAGGAAACUUCACAGCCUUAGUGCUUUCCGGCGGAGGUGCAAAGGGCGCUUUCGAGCUGGGAGUGCUGGAAGGAAUUUGCAAAAACAAUUCGUUAAACCAUUUGAGAAAUUGGUCCAUGAUCGUGGGCACCAGCUUUGGUGCAAUGAACGCCGGUGCACUGGCGCAAUUUCCCCCAGGGUCCACGGAACUGCUCAAAGUGCCAGACGCUGUGCCGUUGCCUUUGGCGUUGACAGGUGCAGUAGUUCAACUGUCGACCUUGCACUACGUUUGGUCCUUCACCUCCGCCAACGAAUGCCUACAACAGCCGCUCACAUGCGCUCUGCGUCCUUGGGAGUUCGAUGCCUGGGGCCGGACUGUGAUUUUGGUGGAUGCUUUGGCACUGACAACAUGGCUGUACUCUCUUCGUGGAAUUCCCAGCAGUGGGACAUCGGAUCCUUCAAUCGUGGACCGUUUGUGGUCCAUCAUGCCGUGGGUCUACACCUGGCAUUGGUUCAUUUCGUCCUUAUCUAGCGGUCUCAAUUCCAGGCUGCUCAUCAUGACCCUGCUAGCCACCAUUUGGGGAUUGCGGCUGACCUACAACUUUUACAUCAAGGGUGGUUUCAGUGGUGGAGAGGACUACCGCUGGGCUGUCAUUCGUAUUUGGUAUCCUGGAUGGCGCUGGGAGCUCUUCAAUUUGGUCUUUAUUUGCUGCUUUCAGCAGUGCGCCGUGAUGGCCUUCACUGUCCCCGCUGUGGCUGCAAUGCAAAGUGACGCCCCACUGAGUGCUUUGGACCGUGUGGCCACGGCGCUCUUUUUGUUGCUCGUGCUGGGUGAAGCAGUCGCUGAUGCACAGAUGUUUGCUUUUCAAAGUGAGAAAUAUCGACGAAAGGCUGCUAAGGAAGACAUGGGCGAGUAUGCAGAUGGCUUCAUUCAGACUGGCCUUUGGGGUCUAUGUCGGCAUCCCAACUACUUCUGCGAAGUGACCAUGUGGUGGGUGUUUUAUCUUUUCAGCAUCACUCCGACUGGAUCCUAUUUCAACUGGACGAUUUGGGGCGUCAUUUUCCUCACAGGUCUCUUUCUGCUUCCUGGAGCAUCACUGGAUAUCACUGAAGCAUUGUCUUCCAACAAGUAUCCGGAAUACGUCAACUAUCAGAAGCGAGUGAGCAAAUAUUUCCCGAUGCCACCACGAACCAAGCAGAUCUAG